AUGACGCUUUUCAAUCCUACCUCGAUCCUUGUGGGAUUCCUCCUGCUGUACCUCUCGUCCUUUUUCAUAUUCGCUAUCGUCCGGAUCGCGACGGGAAUCUCCAUUCAACGGAUCGGCUACUUUUCGCUGCGCCGGAUCGCAUACGCCCCGAAGGAAGGUCUACAUAUUGAAAUCCGUGGCCUUGGUUUCUCAUUACAUCCUCCGUCAUUCGCCCAGCCAACAUGGAUCAGCAUCCGGUUGACGGAGUUGAAGAUUACCGUGGACUCGACAACACUGGGACAAGGCAAACGUGAAACACCCCUUGGAACAUCAGACUCGCCCGAGCCCGCUAGCAACUCCGAAGAACGCACCGCGCCCGAGCCUGGAAGAAGUAAAACAUGGAAGACCUUGACCCGGAUGAAAGAACAGCUCAAGAGGCUCCACCGUCAGAUCAGUUGGUUAGCUUUGGUAGAUGUGACCGCCGUCAACACCGCCGUCCACUUCGUCAAUGCCGGACAGAUUCAGGUCGGAUCGCUCUCCCUCUCCGUCGACACUCGAAGUAAAAUGGUGGAGCGAGGCAAGCUAUUUCGUCGCAAGAAGGACAUGUCACAAGAUCAACGGCCGGUGGAAUGGAUUAUGAACGUUCAAAAUGUUUUGCUCAAUGUCGACGGCCGGGAACCCAUCGAAAUACUCGACAACGUCGGCGUGAAUCUCCAUGGACUUCUCCACAAGGACUUGGAUGGACUGAGAGACGCCUCGGUGGCUCUCAAGAUUGGGCGUAUGCAUAUUUCAUACGACGAUAUUCGUCUCAUGCUGCAGCGCAUGAAGCCAGACCAGAAGUCCAACAAAGGACCAGCGACCACCGAAACCGACGACAAAAUAUCAUUUGCCGACUUUGUGGAAGAGCUCGAUAAGCCUGGGAGCAGAGACAAUGUCCUGGUUCAGACUGUGGCGGACUCAAAAGAGUUUGCAAGCUCUUUACUCCGUGGCAUCCAGGAAAUCCAGAUCGCCCUUAGUUUCUUCCGCGUCUCACGGAGCAUGCAGUCUCUCUCAGCCGGACAAACUCCUGUGUACCUCAACGUGGUAUCCCACGAGCUUGGAAUUGAUCUCCAUCGUAUGGACCAGAAGAGCCCGGAACAUCGCAUGUAUUUCCAGCGAAAUGAUGUUGCUCACCAGGCUCUCCUUGCUGCUAUCUCUCUUUCAGUCAGCUUAGACGACGAAUCGGGCGAAACAGACAACAUUCUGUAUGUCCCCAUGGCCACGACAACCAUAAAAACAACACUGCCCUCCAAAACAGUGAGCGCAUUUGACGAUGAAAACGCCGAAGAGCGAAACACCAAUGUUCUCUUCGCAAAUCUGGUCGUAACUUCGCCCUCCGUCGAUCUCCUACCGCAGCACGUUUCCAGGCUUCUCAAACUGGCACAGGCCCGCGCGUCAUCCCCACGAGGGAAGAAACGAGACAAUCAUCAUUUGAUCUCACGGUUGCUCCCCAAGGCCAGCAUCAAGUUGUCGGUUCACGAACCUGUGGUCCGGUUUGUUCUUCCAAUCGAGAAAGAGUCUGGUCCUCCCGAUGAAUACAACCUGCUCAUCUCCUCCAUCUCCUCCAUAUCGCUUGACAUCGAAUCCUCCCAUUCAUCUGAAGGUGGCGCUCAUUACUCUCUUUCCUCCGUCUACCGAGUCGCCUCCCACAAGUUUUAUUACCAGACCCCUGCGGGUGACAAGCAUAAUCUACUGACAAACGAAAGUUUGGAACUGAAGGCUCAUCUGAAUGCUACCCCGGAGGUCUGUGUUAUCGCUUCGGGAAGUCUAAACGAGUGUUCAGUCCACAUGAUCAACGGAGAGGUCAACCGUGGAAUCCGUGAGGUCUUGCAGCAGUUCAUCAUGCAGAUGCAAUCGUCUAAGCGGACACCAAUGCCAGGAAUAGAGCGCAAACCAAGUAUCUUGAGGCGAGUGCCUCGAUGGUUGAUCCAAUUCCAGUUUGAAGCCACAGGGACUAGUGUGGAAAUCGCUGGCGUGGAUAACACUGUUUCCGAUAUCUCGCGGGGUGUCUCUCUACAACUUCAAUCCUGGACCGCAGAAUACAAGGCCCAGAAGACAGAAACAAAUGUCGGCAGCAUCGCGAGACGACGUACUCCCAGCCAUUCUACCAUUGGUGACGAAUCGCCCUUUCGUUUCCCUCCGACCUCUCCCCCCAAGGCCACACACAACCAACGAGGCGCCACCGAUGGAAGGCGCUUGGCACUUCAUGCACGUGGCUUUGACGGCUUCGUCAUCGAGUCGGAAGAUUACCUGGAGCCAGAACCAUUCUUCUCGUUGCCUCGAUUCGAGAUUGCUAUGAGUACAAACAGCGAUCGCAUGGGCCCACUCGUACAUUUCACGUCAGUGUUCAAGGGAAUCUAUCUACAAUACUCAUUGUAUCGGUUUUACUGUCUUGGUGUCGCAGUGUCAGUCGUUCAAGAUGUGCUCACACCGCUGCCGGAUAAAUUCCCAGAGUCUGCGCAGGAGAAAUCCAGAAAAGCACCGAGCGUCUCUUUGCCGCCUGCUCCGGCGCAUAAAUGGUCACCAAAGAAAGAGUUGUUCACUUAUGACCUGAAAGCAACAGUCGUCCAGCUCAAGGCGAACCUACCAAAUGAUCCUCAAAUAAUGAUACAAGUCUAUGGGCUCGGGGCUGCUUCUCAACGUCUUUCCACACCCUAUGUGAAAGCUAACCUUGUUCGCAUGCAUGCCGAGGCACCUAAACUCAAGGGCGUUUGGGCUCGAAUUGGAAGUAUGAACAAUGUCAGAUUGAACUUCCGAUCCAUGAAGAAGAAACAGGGAAAUGUCUUGGUGGAUGAAAAAUCCAUUGAUAUAUGCACAGACUUCAUUCGAGUUGGUGUGCCUCAUCAUAUGGUGAUGCAUCGCAUCUUCGACAACCUGAUCAACACUUCGAAGGCUUUCAAACAGCUUAGCCAUCGUUUCAAGAAUAGAUGCAGAGACUUCGACUCCAAGAGAGAGCAAGAAGGAAUGAAGAAGGUUCCAAGGAUAUCCGUUCGCAGCAAAGCCCUUCUCUUUGAGCUCGAAGACGAUGGGUUUGAAUGGAAGUUGGGUUGCAUCUAUCGGGUUGGUCUGAUCGAGCAGGCUCAACGGCUGGCCCGGGAGGAUGCAUUUGAAUUAAAAACCCACAAGGUCAAGGAAUCAGACCAGCGGCGUGCUACAUCCCGACUACGAGCCAAGUCAAGCCACCGAACAUUGCGCAGUGAACGUACUAGCCAAGAUACAAGACGAAGUCGAAGUGCCGAUCCACCUGCGAAACCAAGCACCCAGGAACGCGGAAGAGGUCGCAAAUACCGCUAUGACACUGAAGGUGCGACCUGCCUUUCAUCAGAGCAAAAAAUCUCCGCAGACGCUGCCUGGAGUCGUCUUCAACAAUACAACGCCCAAGUGUGGAAGGAGAAGAUCGAUGCAGCACUCAAGUUCCAGGGAACUUCCAUCAAGGAAGUAAGAGAGUUGUUCUCUGGUGCAGACGAGCCCCCGGCAGAUGUGAAGGAAACCGAGACCAUUCUUGCAAUUCCAAACAGACCGGGUUUGAUGUCAGCUCUGAUAAGUGAUGUCAACCUUGUCAUUGACAAGCCCACAUUUGACAUUGCUGAACUUCCCGAAUACCUGAAUAGAAUUGGCAAAGGAAUGCCGUUCGACAUGGAAUAUGGGCUGCUUCUUCCAAUGAGUUUCAAUCUUGAAAUGGGCGAAGCCCGCGUAAACCUGAGAGAUUAUCCUCUGGAUUUGUUGCAUAUCCCGGCUCUGCGCCCAGGUCAAUCACCAAGGCUCCCUAGUUGGUCCUUGCGGACAAAUUUCGUCAUCGCCGAAGAAUGGCGGGACAAUGAAUCUGCUAGGCAAGUCGAAGUUGAACUUGUCCCUGCGGCCGAGGGGCCGGAUGGAUCCCCUCGCGAACCUUACAAGAUUCCUGUUUGGCGAUCUGUCACGCCGGUCAAGACUUACUCCGACCCAGUCAUUGAGAUCAAUACCAGUUUGCCUACUAGCAUAUCAUGGGGUGUCUCAUACCAGCCGGUCAUUCAAGAUAUGAUGAAGAUCAUCGAAGGCUUCACCAAACCUGAGAUCGACCCCUCUGAGCGGGUUGGCUUCUGGGACAAGAUCCGAUUGAGUUUCCAUUCCCGAAUCAAAGUUCUAUGGAAGGAAGAUGGCGAUGUUCAUCUGCGCCUCAAGGGGUCCCGUGAUCCAUAUGUGGUGACUGGCUUUGGCAGUGGAUUCGUCAUGUGCUGGCGCAGAGAUGUCAAAUGGGAAAUCCAUACCAGUGACAACCCCAUGGAGUUCAUGAGUGUCACAAGUGGAGAGUACGUGCUCGCUAUUCCUGACUACAGCGCCGAAGCAAGAUGGGCAAAUGAAGCCACCACUGAGGAGCUAGAAAACAGUUCAACCUCUAGUGAGCAGAAGAACGCUGCCCACUUCAAAAAAGUUGUUAUGAAGCUGUCUGGCGAUGUCAAAUGGGCAGCAGGGCUGGUCUUUGAGCGAGAGAUGGACAAUGACUCCCGAUCCUUCCACUUCAAGCCUCAUCAUGAGGUCGUUCUGAAGAACCCCAAAUACGUUGACCCAGCUAAGCGUGCCAGCUACGAUGCUUAUGCAGGGUUCCGAAGUGACCACAUUCACCUGUCUGUUUCGAUCAUUGCGCCACAGAGCAGAAAUUGGUCUGUUGAUAGCGUUCAGCCAUCCUCCAGCUACAACACAGUCCAUCUCACACCUCGCUUCUUUACCCAUUUCUUCAACUGGUGGUCUCUUUUCUCAGGUGUGAUGUCCCUUCCUGUUCGCCAAGGACCCCUCUGGCCGGGUAUCACCAAGACCAACAAAAAGUUCAAUCGGCACUUGGCUACUGUCAAGUACAAAAUUCUACUUGCGCCUCUCUUCAUUGCCCAUAUUUACAAGCACAAGGACCGCGAAGACUACGCAGAAGAUUGUGUCACGGCAACAGGUAUCAAAGUACGCUUGGAUUGCUUGAAGCUUGAUAUCCACCAGCGCCGCGAGCAGAUCAAAACACAAGCGCGAGGUCGCUCAAAGCAAACCAGGACAAGUGCGAUGCGCAUUAAUCAAGCCCAAAUUGAUAUGCAGUCUGCCGACUUCCGCGCUGUCUCCGCCAGUAUUGAAGGUACAAGCGCGGAGGAUGUUGAACGCACCAAGGACGACAUAAUCUCUUCCUUCCAGCAGCCCUUGCCGUCUGUGGAUUUGUCUAGAUUUACCAUCCCUGAUCAUAACUUGGACUGGGUUGAUAUGGAUGACUUUGUGGAGCCGGACUGGAUCCUGCCACAAGAGUCCAAUCCUCGAACCCAGAUCCUACCUCUCGCCUUUACACCACGCUUCACCUAUUUCCGCAACACAGAUCAUUGCGAUGUGGGACCGGACGAAACAGGGUACAGUAAGUUUGGCGAUGAGCCCACUCACGAGUGCGUCAUGUCCGAGACAAACGAUCCUCGCCGAGUGCAGUGUGAAUUGGUCAAAGACCGCCUUGCGACAGUCGAGGCUCAAAUUCGCGAUUAUGAACGUACUAUUGGAGAACAGGAACUCAAGCUUACAAGAGAGGUCGAUCCCGAGGCCCAAUUAAAGGCUGAGCAUGAGGUCUUCCUCCGACAGUCUGAAUCACUUGCAAGACGACAACAUUUCUUGAUUAAUACUCUCAAUCGCCUUGAGAAACACAUCAACCGGGACGAGCGGACUGGGCACGGCAACUCACUUGGCGACCGUGUGACACCAAGUGCGUCUAUUCGAACAGGGCACACGGGCCGAGAUGCCGAUUCCACGACUGACGGCAGGUCCUCAGGCAUGGGUGGAAUCUAUUCUGUCAGCAAUGAUGAGUUCGAGAGUGAUUUCAACAAUCGUUUCAUGAUCCACAACGUGCAGCUCAAGUGGAAUAACUCGCUCAGAAACAUCAUUCUUCGAUACAGCCAUCAAGUCAGCCAGCGGCGUGGAUUCGUAUACUACAUGUCCCGCCGAGCCGUCAAAUUCAUUCUGGACAUUGUGGAUGAGCAGGACAAGAACAAACGCAAGCAACCUAAGAUGUCCAAAACGCAGACUCAUGCCUCCAACAACGAUGACGAGGAUGUCGAAGAUCGCAUCGAACAAUUGCUGAACGAUGCCAAACGCUUUGUCAAUGUGGAAGAAAAUGAUCCCCCCGACUCGAAUACCCAGUCGCCAUCUUCGUCGGAUAGCUCAAGUGAGAACAUCGCGCCAGAAUUCACGCCUCAGAACAGUUAUCACCUGCGCCUCAUUGCUCCUCAAAUUCAACUUCUCAGCGAGAAGAACCGAAAGUCGGUCUUACUUGUUGCGGCUAAAGGCAUGGAGCUCAAGGUGGUUUCGAUUAUGGACAAAGCACGCGUUUCAGACGAUGUAAGUGGCUUGGUGCAACGUCGCUUCUCCCUUGAGAUGGAUGGUGCCCAGUUCUUCGUCGCGACACAAAAGAAUCUGAUGGCAAACUUGCAAUUCUACGCUGGCAACAAGUACGGCAAUGCGCCAGGAUCAGCUUGGCCACCGUGGUUGACUUUGGAAGCCAUGUUCGAUUUCGAGUUGAAUCCAUUCGGUUUCUCUCGCAUUGUCCAGAAGACUUCAGCCAGUUUGCGCUACGACAAGUACAAUAACCUCCGCCUCAAGUAUAAUGAGGAAGUGGCCAAGGGUCAAGGGCCGCACCCUGAAGACCAGGAAGACCGCAUGGACUCGAUCAGCGUCGAUUUCCCUCAUUUCCGCGCCAUCUGUGACUCCGCAGAGUAUUACUCAAUGUACAUCAUUGUGUUGGACUUGAUGCUCUACAGUGAACCGCUUGAAAAGGUUCGCAACGAGCGCCUGGAGAGGAUCAUGCUCACUUCCGACUUCAGUGAUCUGCGCGGUGCCCCUGAGAUGGUCUUUAAACUCCAAGCCCGCAUUCGCCAACUGGAAGAGAUCAAGGAAUACUUCCAGAUCAAUGCGAAGUUCUUGGACAAACAAGGAUGGGAAGAUCGUUUGGCUCUCGAGCGUGACUUGUCUCAAUGCGAGGAUGAAUUGUUCUUCAUGAUGAAGGCCAUCACCACUUCCCAAAGACGAAUGGAGCCUAGCUCGUCAAGGGCUGACGGCGUUAAUGGUGUACUCCGCUGGAGCAUUUCAGCCAGUGAAGUGGUGUGGCAUUUGAUGAAGGACGCUGAUAACCCUCUGAUCGAGUUCCAACUACGAAAUGCUUCGUACGAAAGGACCGACAAUACCGAUGGCUCCAACCACAACUUGGUAUCGGUGGAGCGACUUUUCGGAUUGAACUUACUCCCAGAUGCCAUUUAUCCCCAGAUUAUUGCGCCAUACCUCGAUGGAGCACGUACCCUGGAUGACUUCAUGCUGCGGAUCAGAUGGCAUAUGCUCGAGGCUGUUGCGGGAAUUCCUGUGCUUGACAACUUCGAAAUCUCCUUAUUCCCACUCAAGAUUCAACUUGAACGCGAGCUUGGCCAGAGGGUCUUUGAAUACAUCUUCCCUAAUGUGGGAUCGAACGCGUUUGAGGCCGGUGGCUUCUCGCCUUUCAUGAUCAAGAACAUGAAGCCGCUGGAUGGAUCAGACGAUGAAGACGAAGGCGACGAUUCUAGUAGCAUGCCUUUGACACGUUCGACAAGCAUCGAUGGUGACAGCUCUUCCAUGGACAGUUUGGCCGUAUCGAAGGGCCCUGGAUCCAUUGAGUUACGACUCCAGCCUACGCUCUCGCUUUCAGAUGAUGCGAAAUCGCGUACUCGUUCGUCUAACCUGAAGGGUCUCGCAAUGACACCUCUUCACCAAGACAACAGCAGACUUGGCGUAUCAGAGACUGCACGCCAGACGGGCCGUCCUGCUACUACAGGGGGUCUCAGCAAAAAGAAGUCCGCCGACAGUAUUCGCAUGUUGACCAAACAACCCACUGAGAGAUCACUGUCUAGCCACAGUGCUGGCGAGGAAAGUCGCAAGAAGUUCGGGAUGGGCAAGGGAACUAAUAAGGGUGGUAAACCUAAGGAGCCCACCGACGACCUGUCUCAAAUGAUCUCUCGCGCCUCCAACUACAUGACUCUGGCACAUGUCAAGGUCAAUGAUGUGGUUCUUUGUAUGAGUUACAAGGGCAAAGGAGAACAUAAUCUCGAGGAUCUGCACGAUUUUGUCUUCCGUCUUCCAGUUCUGGAGUACGGCAACAAGACAUGGUCUAACUUGGAUCUUGCCCUACGUCUCAAGAAGGAUGUGAUCAAGGCCCUCAUUUCGCACGCCCCCGCCAUUCUUGGUAACAAGUUCUCCCAUCACCGACCAUCCAAGCAACAACAGAAGCGUUAUCGCGAGCUUGCGUCCUCCUCCCAACUUCUGCCUAGUGCAUCUAGCACGCUGGACCCAAACAAAAGUCAAGCCCAAAGUCUGGCCAGCUACGACUCCAACAGUGACUACUCUGAGUCACGAUCACGCAAGUCUAUGCAGUCAAAUGCUUCGCCUUUGGCUAGAUCCACCUCGUUGAAUUCGGAAGCCGUUGGCACAAAUGGCUUGGACCCGAGCAUGUACAAUUCUCGACCCGGCAACGAAGUUGAUGUGGAUUCCCGCUGGGAGGCAUCGCGCCGAUUCGUCAACCCCCCUCCCCCUGAGAGACCAAUGACUUCUGGUAACAUCCGGACCACAAGUGAAACGAGCAAGAAUGAUCUUGAUGAGAGUCACAUCAAAACGAUUCGCAGCAUCGGUCGGAAGCUCACCUUCCGCAAAUAA